AUUCCCCUACUUCAAAUGGAUUUAUUCAGGAAGGCAAUUCUGCAUCCAGGGCCGCCUCAAGAUUUCGCUCUCCAGACUGUGCAGCAAGUUAUAAAACCCCAGAAGCAAGUGAAACUCGUUCAAGAUGAAAAUAUGCUGUUGGAGAAUAUUCUGCGGACUUUGCUUCAAGAACUUGUGUCAGAUGCAGUUCAGUCAGGUGAGGCAAUUAUGCUAUUUGGUCAAUCCAUAGCUGAUGAGGAUGCACGUCCUGGUCAAAUUCCUCGUCUUCUUGACAUUGUAUUAUACCUCUGUGAGAAAGAACAUAUUGAAGGUGGCAUGAUUUUCCAGCUUUUGGAAGAUUUGACAGAGAUGUCUACAAUGAGGAACUGCGAAGACAUUUUUGGGUACAUUGAAAGUAAACAAGACAUUCUUGGCAAGCCAGAGCUCUUUGCCAGAGGGAAGCUUGUUAUGCUGAGAACAUGCAAUCAGCUACUUCGUCGUCUAUCAAAGGCAAAUGAUGUUGUGUUCUGUGGACGAAUUAUUAUGUUUCUUGCUCAUUUUUUCCCAUUAUCAGAACGUUCAGCUGUCAAUAUCAAAGGAGUUUUUAAUACGUCAAAUGAGACCAAAUAUGAAAAAGAAGCCCCAGAAAGUAGUUCUAUUGAUUUCAACUUUUACAAAACCUUCUUUGCUAUCCAGGAAUCCUUUUCCAAUCCUGCUUCUCUUGCUUCCACCGUUACAAAGUGGCAAAAAUUUACUUCUAGUUUGAUGGUUGUGUUGAAUACAUUUGAGGCUCAACCUCUGAGGGAUGAAGAUGGCAGUGCUAUUAACCUUGAGGAUGAAGCGUCAAACUUCAGUAUAAAAUAUCUCACCAGCAGUAAUCUAAUGGGUCUGGAGUUAAAAGAUCCAAGUUUUCGAAGACAUAUUCUGGUUCAGUGCCUUAUUUUGUUUGAUUACUUAAAGGUACUUCUUUCU